CCUGAAUCUCGACCUCCUCAACAAAAUGGUUAGAUGCAUCUUGAGAUUGUGGGAGAUUAAUAAUGCUUCGAAGCAAACCAUCAACACACGAUUUGUUGGCUGAAGGUGAGAAAGGUGAGUUAGAAGAAUGGAUACAAACGCGGGCCCCUCCCGUCUGUCGCGGAGAUCUUCUCAAAUAUGGACCAGGUCAUGCAGAGACGAUUUUUCCAAAAGACGCGAUGAAUGGAGGGAAGGAGGCCCGCAUUGUUGGGUCAUCUUUGGCUGGUGGUGGCGAUAUUGUGUCCGCAAAACUGUAUCGUAAUGAUUACUUAGCAUGGUGCGGCACAGUCGAGGUGGCAGAGGCGCAUCCUUGGUAUGGGCUGCGUCUCUCCGAAGUGGAACAGCGGUUGUCGCGCAGCCCCCAUGGUGGUCUUAGUGACGGCGUCAGCCUCGGGAAAAAACCCAUCUUUGGGUUCGACUGCAAUCAUCGCGGCGAUUUCGUACCCUACGCCGCAUUUGUGAAUGACAAGAAGGCUCCUCCUGUGCCCUCGAAUUGGAGCUUAGAAGAAAAAAUGAAAGACGUCAAGAUGAAAAUUUCCGGUAGAACUUCUGCGUCCUGUUCUUCAUCCAGCGACGAGCAGCAACCAGACUUACUGCAGUAUGAGUCACUCAAGAAGUUGGGAGACUCGGAUCCAGAGAAAAUGGAGGAGAAACAGCCAGCUAUACCAGCAAGAAUAUCGAUAACCGCUGCAUCGCCGCGGCCACAACUACAGCCGCAGCAAGGGAGUUUAUCCUUGAUGAUGUCUGGGCAGCCAGUUGCGGGCCUGGGCACUAGCCUGGGCGCAAUACCUCCAAUGGGCUUACCUCCUGCUGGCGGCAUACCGCAAAUGGGCUUGCCUCCUGGUGGAGGCAUACCGCAGAUGGGAAUACCGGAAGAGCAUCGACAAAACGCUGGAUGCGGAACUGGUGGACCUGCAACAGAAAAUCGGCGCCGACUAAAUGUUCAGCAAAAUACAGACUGGAAUCCGGUAUUACUCACCACGGGAGUUUACCGCGACUAUGCAUUCGCAAGAAAUGAACUUGAAUUGUUGUUGCGCGAUUUUGUCAUCGCUGAGCAUGCAUGAGAAAGAGCAAAACUAUGAAGAGCCUGCGUCAAUGGCGCGGGCACCGACGUACAUUACAUAAGUGUACUAGAAGAUGUGAAGUUAAACACGUACUUCUUGUUUUC